GCCACCAGCCAAUAUGAAGUGUGCUUACUGUAUGGAUACCUCCGUGAAGAAUGUACCCCGGCAAUAAUGACUUCACAGCAUUUGAACUACUUUGUAAGAAGCAUCUGAUGGCACAGGUGGAUUUUUCUUGAGUGAGAUGAGAUGACGGGACCUUUUCAAGCUUUUCCGUUUUCACCCACAUGAACGACUGUCUGGUGGCUACUCUAAUCUGACAGGCAGCCUUCAUUGACGCCCAGAAUUGUGAGUAGGACAUUUGGCAGCAUUACGGGUACAUGUAGUGUGCAAGAUGGAUUCUUUCAUGGCUGCAGCAUCUGACCUGGACAGCAUUCUGGACCAGUUUGAGCGAGACGAAGACUCAACCAGUGUGUUACAACCCGAGCCUGUUGCUGUCAACAAGUCGACGAUAUAUCCCUACCAGACUCCUGAUUCAACUCAGGUUGUCAACGGUGGCAGCUCCUACUCCACAAGCCAGGAGACCAGUGGGUAUGGCUCUGUUGAUAACAGAACGCAAAGCAGCAGUCAGACUACACCACAGCAUGAGCCAAAGUCACGCAGCUUCCUGCUUGACCUCUCGGAGGCUGACUUUGCACCUGCGGCCCCUCAGACCUUAUCUCUGAAUUCCCUGGGGAUCAAGUCGGAGCCGUACCAGCCAAUGUCUGGCGACACGGUGCAAAGUUCUGCCAGCAGGCUGUCUGGUUUGGAUGCAGUGAAUUCGGGGCCGCCCACCCACACAAGUCGGACCGACUCCUCUGGGGAACUUUUCUCUCACAUGAAUAAGACAGCCACUGCUGCCCCUCUGUCAGAAAGCUCCACGCUGGUUGCAGGUGUUACUUCCUCAAGUACAACUCAAGUCACAGGAUCGCUUGGGCUGUCAACCGCAGAGCCACAUGUUGUGGGAAAUUCUAAUCAGGUUCGUUCCAGCUCGCCGUCUCAUGGUUUCCCCAGUGCAACUUUAAAUGUUGGAAAUCCUGAUUUAACUGGAGUUGGACCCACAGUGGUAAGCCAACCAUUACACACUGGCACAGGACAGGUAACUCCUCUUGUGCCAGUCAACCCACUGAGCGUCAACCAGCUACCUGGGAAGGAAGAAGACAGCCAAAAAGAGCCAGGCAAAAGACCGGCACCUGACCUUCAGCAGGAUUCCCGGCCUAGUCUGACAGAAUCCAAGGAUGUCCUAGAGGUCAAACCCCUCAGCAAAAAUUUGACCCCUGCCCCACUACGUCCUGAACUGAUGCACGAGUAUGUCAAGCAAGGUGCAAGACCGAAGAUCAUCUCCAGCAUCAAAACCCCAGAGAGUCCAGCAAAGGCUGCCAAUGAAACAAUGUCCCCUUCAAAACCCAGCAAAGGAGUCGUCCAGCCCAAGCCCCCUGUCGGAUUCAGUAGCGUCAAGAAUGUCAAGGUGACAGAGGCUGAUCUAGAAGCACUGGAACAAGAAGUUGGCAUCAUGCCAUUGAAGGAGAAAGGUAAACCUGUCGCCCAGCCAGUACACCAACCUCAACCCAAUCCAACUCAUCUGAGCAUUGAGGACUUAAACACUCCGGGAGACCGUGUGAGUCCUGUGUCUAAACUACUCAAUGAACAAUACACGGAGUCGCUGCAACAGGAGCCCACCUUGCAACGGGGCAAUGAACUGGCUGGCUUGGACCCCUUCUUCAGUAAGAAUGUCUCAGCAUCCAGACAGGACACCCUGGGUCCCACUGUCCACAGCACAAGUCUGCUGGACUCAUCUCCUGUGCCCCAGUCGGGGGUCCCUCUCUUGAGCCCUUCCCUGACAGCAGCACCGGUGGAAGCCCCCUCCAUGCAAACUACCAGUUCAGCCAAAGACCCAGCUCUCCCCAAUGACGUGCUCAGCAAGAAUGCUAAGAACCUACUGCGAAAUAAUCAGGCAUUUCCCAGUGGGCAGCCAUACGUAAGUAGACAGACAAAGGACCCAUCAUCUGUAAACAACAGCAACUCGCAAAUCCGGGUGCCCAAUGUUGCAGUUAGCGGAGGGCAGGUGCCUAGUUCCUCGCCAGCCCCUCCCCAAGGAAUACCUCCAGCAGUGUCUGCACCAUCAGGAACACAAGGGGGUCAACCGCAACAUCACUCUGACGUCAGUUCUUUGGACCCAAUUUCCAAGAACAGUAACACUAUGACCAGCCAACCAAGAGGCUUGGCUCAUCCUGCAGGGUUUCCUGCUUCGCCAAGCACCAGGAGUUCCACGGAUCAACGGCAGUCCCAUGGAAGUGUGCCAGCCCCUCCCUUUAUGCCAGCUGAUCCACCGAGCUACCAAGAUGUCCGGAAUUCAAUGGGCGGGGAGGGAGACCGAAGACCGGAGGGCCUACGUCAGGGGCUGACCCUGAACUUUGACCAACCAGGCCCACGAAAGUUGGCCCAGGCCCUGCCCCCAAGCCCCAUCAUCGAGGAUGUCCAGGGAAGAGAGGAUGCAUUCCGAGUGCCCGAACAGGGCUCUGCUUCCGAGAGCCUGCAUCUAAACCGGGCGGAUGCCACCCAGCAGUCAUUCCAAACUCCUCCCCAGACGCAGCAAACCCUGGUCGACGCCAUUCCGCCAACCCUUGUCGCAGCUCCCAACGCUGUCGCCCAAAACAACCUGUUCGCCGAUAACGACUCAGUCACCACAUCCAACGAGACAGACUCUGAACAGGGGGAUUUCAACCGGCGAGUGAUCGACUACUCAGAGGGAGCCAUGCAGCUGGGGGCAGUGGCCCCAGUCUGGGUGCCAGACUCAGAAGCUCUCAACUGUAUGAACUGCCAACAGAAGUUCACCUUUCGGAAGAGGAGACAUCACUGUAGAGCUUGCGGCAAAGUCUUCUGUGCCAAGUGCUGCUCUAUGCGGCUGAAGUUGAAGUACAUGGAGAGCAAGGAGGCUAGGGUGUGCAUCAGCUGUCUUAACGUCAUCCUCAGAGCUCAAGCUCUCCAGCGCACCCAGGCUGAGAACCAACCUGAGCCCACCCCACCCCCCGACCAGGACAACCUGAGUAACAUUAGCAACACAAGUGAAGGCAUGCCUGCCGGGAAUGCUGGGAACAGAUCCUCGCUACGCCGACCGAGCAAUGACGGCUCUCGUCCUAGGGAGACACGCAAGGUCCGUUUCUCCGACGGCGUCAACCCGGGGGUGGAGCAGAACCCCCACGAUGGCGUGGGCAUCGGAGGCACAGUUCUGGCUGGAAUAGAUGUCGGCAACGUGCCGUGCACAGUGGAAGGCAGGCCCAGGGGGCUCGGGGACGUCACAGGAUCUAGCCUCAUCCCAGGGAAUGAGGAAGGGUUACCGCCUGUCGUCGUUGCCGUGGAAACAGGAGGAGAAUACCAUGUAAGGCAGAAUCUGGUAGAAGAGGAGCUUAUUCAAGAAAUGAAAAAUCCUAGUGCACCCCCUGUGGCCUUUGCUUUAAAUAGAAACCUGAUCGUCAGAAUCAAGAUCUUGGAUUUAAAUUGCUGCGUGAACAGGACGUGCUGGUGUUUCUCCACCAAGGGCAUGGCCACGGUGGGCCAGGAUGAGAUUGUCAUUGUCCUGGAGUGCCUCACCGAUGAGAAGACCGUCCCCAAGGACAUCUUCCGCCACCUUCAGUCGCUGUACGAGCAAGCGUCCAGAGGUGUGACAGUCUCCCACAUGGGGCACAGUCUCUUCAGCCAGAGUUUCCUGGGCGGUCGGGAGCACGGCGGCUUCCUCUACCUCAGGCCCUCCUUCCAGUGUCUCAGCAAGCUGCUGCUGCCAGAGCCCCCUUACCUCUUCGCCGUCCUCCUGCAGAAGUGGGAGACGCCCUGGGCAAAAGUCUUCCCCCUGCGGCUCCUGCUCAGACUGGGGGCCGAAUUUAGAUACUAUCCUUGUCCGUUGAUGAGCGUGCGUUUCCGUAAGCCUGUCUUUGGUGAGAUAGGACACACCAUCAUGAACCUGCUUGCUGAUUUCAAGAAUUACCAGUACAAACUACCGGUCAUCCCUGGCAUAGUCAUUCACAUGCAGGAGAGGGAGACAUUGAUCCAGAUACCGCGGAACAGGUACAACGAGGUCAUGAAGGUGGUGAACAACUCCAACGAACAUGUGAUGGCCAUCGCUGCCAACUUCAGCACCGAGGCCGACUCCCACCUGGUGUGCAUCCAGAACGACGAAGGCACCUACCAGACCCAGGCGAUCAGCAUACAGAACAAGCCCCGGAAGGUCACCGGGGCCAGUUUCGUGGUCUUCAACGGCGCCCUGAAGACCACCUCGGGCCUGACGGCCAAGUCCAGUAUCGUGGAGGAUGGCCUGAUGAUCCAGAUCCUCCCCGAGACCAUGGCCGCCCUCCGCCAGGCCCUGCGGGACAUGCUGGACCUACCCAUUCCCUGCGGUGCCACGCAGGCCGAGCGACCCGACGAAACGGUCACGGUCAAGUGGGUGGACGAUGACAAGACUGUCAACGUGGGUGUUUUGAGCCCCAUUGAUGGCCGCUCCCUGGAGGGCGUGGACAGCAUCCGCAUCCACCACGGCAACGACUUCCGGGGCGGCCGCUCCAACCUCUCACUGCGCUGGACCGAGGUGUUCUUCCUAGAGAACGAGGAGUCGCCAGUGGACCAGAGCCGCUUGGCUGAGAUGUUGUCAUCGGCGUUCUGCGCCGCCAUGACAGGCCAGCUAGACCAGCUACAGGAUGCCAGCAUGGUCAAACUGGCGCUGCGGGUGACUGUGGACUCUGACAGCGUUGGCUACGAGGCUGGGUCAAAAGGCGAGCUCCUGCCACCAGUUUACAUGAAUGAACUGGACAACGAGCUGAUACCGGUCUUGCACAGUGCCGUGUCGCAGCACGAGGGGGGACCGGUCAUCAUGGAGCUGGUGUUCUACAUCAUUGAGUGACCCCUGACCCCACGACGGGUACGUAUGCGUUGGCUCUUUAUGCUGCGUAUAGUUAUCUCUAUGCUAAUUUGUAAUUUAUGGUAAUCAUACACAGAGGGGCGAUAAGGGUUGAAACAAUCGCUUUGUUUUGUGACAGUUUUUCUUCACAUACUGCGAAAAAGCAUUCUUCACAGAUCCAGGACAUUUUGAUUUUAAAUACAUAUAUUCUGUAAACAGCCAUUUUUUUCUCCCAUGGAAAGUGUCACUUUCAGUUAUUUUCAUAUCCUUGGAGCAAAAAAUUACGGUUAAUUUUAUCGUCUGUAGGUAUUGGAGGUAUUUUUAGUUUACAUCUCACACUCACUGGAAACUGCACACUUGUGAAAGGCCACCGUGACAUUGAAACAAUGAGUGUUCAGCAAAUUGGAAUCAUUUUAUACAACUUUAAUACGGUGUUUUGUUUGAAAAGAUGCGGUUCUGACAUUUCUUCAGUGCUUCAUUUAAAGUAUUUGAAAAUUCGGCAGUGGUACUUCCGCGUAUGUGCGUCAUACGCAUCACACGCUUGCACAUUUUCCCAUGUUAUUCAGAUACAGGCAAGAAUUGUGAAGUCAAUUUAUCUUCUGUUUUUCAUUAAGAUAUUUUUCAUGAAAUUGUCGCAAGCACUUGCUCCUCGAUCUGCAUGCUUGCAGCUAGUGAUGUGCGAUAUGUGAUAGGUUAUCUCGUUAUUUGAAAUUGACUUUUCAGAGGACUUUCUCUCUUGAGUUGUUUGAAAUCACAUCCACAUGAUGACUAAUGUGAUGAUUUCAACCUUUUUUCUUAAUAUUCAGGUUUCAGUUUACCAAGUGCACCAUUUUCACAUAACGGUAGCAAUGUGUAUAUAGACUUUCAUUGAUAAUCAUUGUAACAAAUAUUACUUUUGUUGCUCAAACUUAACAUUCAUGCACACUGUUAUUUAGCAUAUAUUUCUGUGAUCUCAUGCAAAACACAAAUAUGUACAUGUUUUAUAUUAUGUAAUUUCAAGUGUAAUUUUUUAUACUGAAUCUUAACCCCUUCACACCGGGGCUCUUUUGAUCAUGACUGCUGGGCUGUGGUGUGCCCAAUAUGCAAAGCUUGUUCCAGCAGCAGGCCCCAUUGAACCAGCAGCUGCAUGGUGAAUAGACUGUAUGUGUGGCAUGCACUAAUCCUCACACAAAGUCGCGGCUGUGGAUGGCUCCCGGUAUAAAGGGAUGAAUAGCAUUUUUUAAACUCCAUUAACAGCAGUUUUGAAAUGAUGCAAGCGUAGAGUAUUGAAAUUUUUGUAGAAUUAUUAUGGGAGAGACACACAAGGAUGUUAUGCACAUUUUUGAAACUCCACAACACAGAAUUAUUUUGUUUCUUCCCUGGGUUGAAGUCGCUUAAGCACUGGGCUUGCUUGAAGUCAUUAGGAAGGCAGAGACCUUAUCACAGAUUGUCUGAGAUCCAUGUUGUAACACCUACAUGCAUCUAGUCUGAGGAGCUGUUAAAAACAAAACAAAUGGAGCUUCCACAUGCGUCAGUUUCAGUGUGGAGGUUGAUAUCAGGUGAAAGAAUCAGUCAUCGAUACUAUGUGCCCUUGCUGGUUAUUAGUGACAAUAUCCCAUGGGUGUCACAGAUAUCAGUUCAGACCAAGACUUCAAAUUCCAUCACUUCUGCCAGUCAAUUUCAUGCAAUGUCACAUUGGAUCACGGUCUCAACUUUUGUCGGUAAUCACCUGUAAGGUACAGAGACAUGAACUUCAAAUGCAGUAUACGUUGUUUUGGCUUAACAGUUUUGUUUUGCUUCUACACGCACAUAGCAAGUUUGCCUUCAUGUCAGCUUGUGCCUGGCAGCACGUGUAAAUGGCACUGAAUAUGUUUAUUUUACUUACAUAUAGGCACUCACUCGUACUAAAUCAUGUAUGUUUGCGUUUAACAACAGGUUCGUACUCAACCAAGGUGUAAAGUAUCAUUUUCUGGCCAAUUGCACUUUGAGGGAGGUUGAUAACUAGCACUGUUAUUAAGAUCUGUGACAAGCAAAGACAUCCCCUUUGACAAAUCUUCACAGAAUCAGUUUAGGUGACGACAAACUUCGACAAGGAUGAAUUGAAGCAAAUAUUAGCAUUGUAGUCCAAGUCCUUUGACAGCUAACUGCCAGUGGCAUUGUGGGGAUUUUUAUACCAAGGCAGUGUGCUAAAUGCAAAUGAUUGUAUGGCCGUUGUUACAGUGAGUAAAGUUUAGAGGGUGACGAAAAAGUAGGUUUCCUUUUUUUUUUACAUACCCAUAAUGUAAUUGAAUAAAAGAAAGUACAUAGAAAUUACAACUAUAAAAUCCCUUUGGUUUUAUAUUUGCUGGCACAUUCCACUGGGAAUUAGGGUUGAUAAAUUGUAGAUAAGAAUGUAGCUGAGCGUAUUUUUGAUUGAGAUCUAGCAAAACUGAAGUUGUUAAUCAUGUGCAAUCAUACGCCUACCGGUAGGCUUGCAGGAGAGUAGUUUUUAUUUUGGGGUUUUUUUAAAACCAUUUUGGGCCAUCUACUAGAAUCAUUCAUGUGCAUCUUGGAAAUUAGGCGUACCCAGUUUGCAAGAGGUCAUGUUUCAUUUUGUCCGUGCUCAAAGGUACCCCACGAAUUUUCUAGCAUUGAAAUGAUGUAGUCUCAGCAGAGAAUGAGGAGCGUUGUACAUACGUGUACAGCAUACAAUAACUGUGGACUGCAUUCUUAAACCGUAUGCUUCAGAUAGCCCUUCCAGUCCCAAAUCCUCUGAUUUCAGUACGAGUUUCCAUACACCGUAGGGGGUUAGGGUUAAUGUGUAAACCCUGCAGUCCCCCUUCCUAAUGAGCCAGGUCGGUUUUUCAAAAAGGCCAGGCCUUUCAAGAACAAAGCACACAUGCCAGUUGGCAUACUGCGGUACUGAUAGGGCAGAGCUGGGGUGUGUAUUAUUGCUGAUCUUGAAUGAAUGACCUUGGACAUGCUUUAUAUUGGGCAUGCACUGUUGGAAUACUGGCUUACUGUCUGUCUUGCACAACGGUCCAAUUUCAUGGCACUGCUCAACAAGUUAGCAGGAAAGUUGUGCUUUCCUGCAGCAGAAAAUUUUGCUCACUGUAAGCACUAUUCCAUGGCAGUGCUUGGCUUGGUUGUGCUUAUGCUUGCACUUUCAGUAGGGAUUUCCAUUAUUUUGUCACUUUGUUGAGCAAAUUUUUCCCCCAAGGUAAGCGUGCCUUUCAUUGUGCUUACAGCUUACAGGCCCAGUUCUGACAUUUUAGCAUUUUCAUCAGACAUGUCAGACUUCUUUAGUUUGUUGCAUGCCUUUAAAGUGACAGGUUUGUAAUUUGGUGAACCCAUCAGUGCUGAUUAUGCGCGUGGGGCAAACUUGACGACUGCCAUGUAAAUUUAAUGAGAAAUGAUCAUUGAGCAUUUGAAAUACACAUAAUAAUAUAAGAACAAGAUAGCAAGGAAUUUUCAGAAUAAUUCGGUGAAACAAAUGAUGAAACAAUGCAUCUUCUUUGUAUACAUCAAAUAGUUGCAAUGAUACAUUAUGGCAUUUUUAACAUGAAAUAGUGAUAAAUCACUUGGAGGUGUUCUGACUGUCAACCAGUAACGAAGUAUUAUAUGUAACUGUUGUUAAGAGAAGUAGAACAAAUUGGCUAUUUUUGUCCCCUUUUAUACCUCAAAUUAUGUCAAUACUGACCAAUUAUACUAAACCAAUUUUUGUAAAGUGGUAAUCUGUGAAUAAACUGUACUGGAACUUCAGAAAGUGCCUUACAAUAAACCAUCUAUGUAAGUCCCGUUGUCAA